UUCACAAUUUAUAAUUAAAGAGGUUAUUGUUUAUUUCUUUAUAAUUUUUGCUUGCUCUAAUGUAAAAAAAUGUAUAACGGUAGGGACAUAGACUACGAAGAACGUAAUAGGCAAAUAGUCUUAGAAGGAACACAAAUACUAGAACGAACAGGAGAGAGCUUGGCCAGAUCACACCAAAUAGCUGUGGAAACUGAAGAUAUUGGAAAUGAAGUCAUAUCGGAGUUGGGACAACAAAGAGAAUCACUACUCCGUACUCGUGAUAGAUUGGGAGAUGCCAACGAAGAACUUGAACACGCAAAGUCCGUUCUUCGUAAAAUGGGUCGAGAAGUCCUGUACAACAAACUUAUACUGGUCUUGAUAAUUAUUACAGAAGUUAUUAUAUUAGUGUCAUUAAUAUAUCUAAAAUUCUUCAAAAGAUCUAAGUAGCAUUGAAAAAUACUUAAAAAUUGCCUCUUUUCAAAUCAAAGGCGUAUGUAUACAUGGUUUAUUAUAUAAAAUGUAGUUACUAUUUUGUUUUUGACCAACCUUUCAAUAGUAAUAAAACAAUAGUUCCUUA